CUCGCCAUUCGAAGAGCGACCCGAGGUCCGGUGGUAGCCGAAACUGCCCGCCUAUUUUUUCUAUAAAUUCUAUUCAGAUUUACAGGAGCUCGUAGUCGUACAGAUGCAAUUUAUGUCUAACGGAACGAGGAAAGUCGAAGAAGAGUAUUUUUUGUCUAACUUCAACAUUCAAGUAUUUUCUUCCAGCAGUAUUUCUCACACUAGCGACAGCCCCGGUCACGUCUUUAGCUUCUAAGUAAGUAACUGCUUCCACUUUCACUAGCUAGCUGAGCCUCUCUAGUCUUCCUGUGAAAAUCAACGUGAAAAGGAUCAGCCCUAGCGCGAGGCGCAGAUCACGCCAGCUCCUGUCUGACCAAUCACCGCGCGUUGCUCGUUCGUAGCUUCACACCUUUCUGUGGCCAGGCUAGGCUACGAGAGUCCGUUGGAGACGAAUAGUAAACUGCGCGCCAGCCACACCUUGCUCACUUUGCCUAGAGUAGCUACAGGAGUCGGUCGGUUCGAACGCCUGCUGUUGCGAAAAGGAACAAGUAGCAAGAAAGCUUGUUGUGUGUUUUUCUAUCCGUGGAGCUUCUUCUUCCCCGCAGCAGCAAUUAUGGUUUCUCUUGCCGGGCAGCGCAUUUCGGAGCUCCGCGACCCUCCGACCAGCUUCAGUGUCAAGGACAACAGUAGACUUGUUCUGGAUUACCAUAGUCUGGACCCGCAUGAUAGUCACACCCUGUCGCACUGGGUUUCGCAGAUGUCCAUGAACCACACAGCUCCCACAACCAGGAGCUCCAACAUCACUGAGCGUGUCAGCGUUCCCAGCUCGGAGCAUGUGGCAGAAAUUGUCGGCCGUCAAGGGUGCAAGAUCAAGGCUCUUCGAGAUAAAACUGGAACCUACAUCAAGACACCUGUUCGUGGCGACGAACCUGUCUUCAUCGUCACAGGUCGUCCAGAAGACGUCAGCACUGCACGAAAGGAGAUCCUGGCCGCCGCCGAGCACUUCACUCAGAUCCGCGCGUCGCGCAGUCGCGGAGGCAAUGCCAGCGGCUCUCAGUACAGCAUGCCUCUGAGCUACGGCGGCCUAGCUGCCCCGUCACGACCACCGGACAACGACAUCACCAUCAAGGUCCGUGUUCCGUACCGCGUGGUUGGAUUGGUCGUAGGACCUAAGGGCUCCACCAUCAAGCGGAUUCGGAUUCAGCAGACGACCGGCACUUUCAUUGUCACUCCAAGCCGAGAUCGCGAGCCGUGUUUCGAGGUGACGGGCAGCGCGGAAAACGUCGAGCAGGCCAAGGACGAGAUUGAGAACUACAUCGCCAUGCGCACACGCAACAGUGAAGAAGAGGAUGUAGAGGGCGGUCGUCGUUCACCCAAUAGUCAUCACCACAUGCGUUCAGGGCGCACUUCUGACGGCAUGUCGGGACGUCUCAACUCGGUAGUUUCGCCUCUGUCUCUGCUGAACGACAGUGAGAGCCCGUUCGAGCCCAGCAACCUGGCUAAUGCCGUCGAUCAGUUGGCCACGCACAACUUGUCCUACCUUGCGUUCCAGCAGUACGGUGUCACUGGACAUCCCGACCUGCCCAACACACUCGGCCCGCUCCAGCAGGCCCAGCAGCAGCAUCAGCAGCAGCAGGCCCUGCGCAGUCUGAGCCAAGGGUAUCCGCGAGAGCGCUCACUUUCUCGCGCCAGCUCUGCCCACUCCAACCAAUCCCAGAAUUUGAUUUCUAUGCACUCGGACGUACCUCAUCGUCCUGUUGGUCUUACCGUCAGUGACCCUACAUCAGAGAUUGGCCGUGUUCGCCGAAUACAUCAUUCUCUUCUUCCCGAAUCUCGCGACGCAAAAUCCGCGUCUAGCAUCUUCGGUGGCGGGAACUACGGUGCAGUGGGCACCUCGCCGACCACUCCCAGUACAACAGGCUCUGGCAACGCAUUCAACAUCAGCCUGUCCACACCAUCGGCCAGCAGCAUCAGCCCAUUCGAGACACCCGAAUCACACUGCACCAACUCUAGCUCCGACGAGCCAGGCAUCUCGCCGCGUAGCCGAGAGAGCAAGACUUGCUACUUGUGCCGUGUGGAGCACGCCAAGGAAACUGCCCUGGUGCCAUGUGGCCAUGUGUACUGCCACGCCUGUGCAGUGAAGGCCUACAGUGACAACAACCGAAUGUGCCCAAGGAUGGGUUGUAACUGCCGUGUUGAGGACAUCCUGCGCAUUCGCGUAAGUCAGGAUUGAAGCAGCGGCUCCAAACUGCACCACAGCGACAGGGAUGUAUCGCUUCACGUAUGACACGGUUGGUUUGUAACUAUGUGUGUAAUGGUCGACUUGUGUUGUUGCUGGUCCUAAGUUAAAAUGUUUUCGUCUCGCGGGAUGGAACUGGAUAUGGUCAAUUGUACUGAACUCUGCCUUCGUCGUUUUCCUUCGCCAUUGACUGCAUGUGUAGAUGCACUGCACUUCAGUCGGCGAUUUAGUUUUGAUGCGUGUUGUCUAGUGUGUCUAGUGUGAUUGUGGUCUUGGCCUUCGUGUGUGUUGUCAAAGUUCAAACGCAGAUCUUUGUAUUCAUCCUCGCUGUGUGUAUACGUGCCCAAUGACACGUGUGUUUGUAUGCACGCAUUGUACUAAUCGCAGAUGUAUUGUUGUGUUGGUGCCCCCCCCCCCCUUCUCUGUUAUCGAAUUCGAAAAUUCACAGAUGCACACUUGUUCUGCAAUAAUCUGCCUGUCUGUAUUGCUUGGUUCGUCAGCUUGUGUGCCUACAUAUAAAUUCCGGUGCAGCCCACAAAGCACUGCAUAUCUUUGUCAAUAUUACGUUAGUCUCGGGUCUUUAGAAAGUCAGAGACAGACAGAGAGAGAAAAAAGAAUGGAAUAUCAUAUGCCGCGUCAAAUGAUAUGGGAAGACGAAUGUUUACAAAGGUAGUCCUUGUAGGCGUAUUUGCUUUCGUUAGCCCCGGCCUGGAGUUUCUUUUGGCGCGAUGCUUUCUUACGCAAGCCCCCAUCCCCCUAUAAUCCGUAUCAAUUAAAAAAACCCUGAUUUCCUCAUUUUCCGUGCUAUCACCUGUUGUUUCUACUCUAUCAUCAUCAUCAUCAUCACACAUCCUUAUUUAGUAUGGUAUAUCUAGCCCGGGGAGGUCAAAAAAGAGUACGCAUUAUUAUGUCUCUGUCUCUCAUUUCGCACCCCGGGUCCAGUGUAUUAUUUAAUCCCGAGUCUACGUAUUUCCAUAUGAACAUUUACUAUACUCUCCCUGCUCGUCUGACAGCACAGGAUGGCAGCAGCUAACUCUAGUCUCGACCGAUAUCGGAGAGACGAUUUUUUCCCUUUCAUAUUACGUUUUUAUGCAUAGCUCCCUUCCAGUUUGCAGACAGCACCAAUAUUGUGGUUUCUCCUAGUAUGAGCAUAUAUAGCGACGACACCAGUUUCUAUUAUGGAUAUUUCUCUCUUUUUCACCUUUAUAUCGACUAAUGCUGACCGGUGCAAGCGUGUGAUUAAUUAUUCGAUUUAGAAAGAAAGUUUUUUUGCGAUCAUCCAACCUA